AUGGGCAUUCCUGACGAAGACAUCCACCCCGUCGCAACUGGUGCCGCUGCGGAGACGGUUGCAAAGCACCAGGAGCCCCAGGACCUAGUCUUCUACUCUGGAUGGUUUUGUCCCUUCGUCCAGCGCGCGUGGAUCGUCCUAGAGGAAAAGAACAUCCCAUACCAAUACAAAGAGGUCAAUCCCUACAAGAAGGAGAAGCACUUCCUCGAAAUCAACCCGAAGGGUCUCGUCCCUGCCAUCGAGUAUGGCGGCAGGGCGCUCUACGAGUCCCUCAUCAUCUGCGAGUUCUUCGAUGAGCAAUACCCGCAACACGCGCCCGCCCUCUAUCCGCGCGACCCAUUUGCGCGCGCUAGCGUCCGCCUCUGGCUCGAUCACGCCGCGAAGCUCGUCGUUCCCGGCUUCCACCGCAUACUUCAGGCGCAGGGCGUGGACGCCCAGCAGCGCGCGCGCGAUGAGUACGCUGCCGCGCUCCGCACGAUCGCGGAGCAGGCACAGGGCCCGUACUUUCUCGGCGCGGAGUUCAGCAUUGUCGACGCCGCCAUCGCGCCGUGGGCUGUACGCGACUACAUCCUAGCGGAGCACCGCGGAUACUCUCGAGAUGCCGUUGGCGAGAAGUGGAAGCGAUGGGCGGAGGCGUUGGAGACCCGGGAGAGCGUGGUCAGGACGAAGAGCGACCGCGAGCACUACGAGCCGAUCUAUGGUCGGUACCUCCGCGACGAGGCGCAGAGCGAGGCGGCGAAGGCCACUCGGGAGGGAAGGGUCAUCCCGUGA